GAGGGCAGGACCAUGAUGAACAUUGAAGUCCACAACAUCACUUACACCACUGCCACAGUCUCCUGGGCCACAAACACCCCCUGUCCGGAGAACUACUACCAUGUCAUGUACCGACCCAACUGGAACAGCGUCUUCACUGGCUAUUUACGCCAGAACUUCCAUCGUGAGGAGCGAGUUCCCCACUCCCUCAGCUCCCUCAUCCUCCACAGACUCACUCCAUCCACUGUCUACAUCCUCUGCAUCACGUGCAAGAACUCUUACCCCUCCAGCAAUCACUGUACCACCUUCCACACUCCAGAUAAAACCCAGGGGGGUUUUGGUGGCUCUAAGCAUGAACCUAGCACCUCCAUGUGGAUGGUGAGCAGCCUGUUGCUUCUUUGCUUUAUAGCUAUCUUGAUCUAUGGCUGCCUGCAGUUCUGGUCUGCACGGUGCCACAGGGCUUCAAGGCUGAAGCACUAUGACACCAACUCAGAAGGAGAUGUGGGUGAACAGAGCAGUUCGCUGGAGGGGCCUCUGAAUAAUGGACUAAAAGAGGAGCUUCUGGAAGUCCCCAUGACAACUGUUCUAGCGAGGAGUUCCAGCUUCAUGAGGGACAGUCCAUAUAGGUCCCCCCAGUGCUUUUUUCCCUAUAAAAACAGUGAUGAUAAAAAAGCCAUCUUGCCACAGCAUGGCCUUCAGUGACAAAGGGACCCCUUGCUUAGCAGUUUGGUUCAUGCUGCUCUUUUCCAGCUCUUGCCA